CGUGGAAAAACUCCCAUGCAGUGAUUGGCUGUGGUGGAUCAGGGGCGGAGCGCAAGGCCUUGCGAGGUUCCUUGCCCCUGGUCGGGCCGCUUGUUUGGCUGCUGCCGUCACCUCAUGGCGACGCGGGUUGAGGAGGCAGCGCGGGGAAGAGGCGGCGGUGCUGAGGCGGCUGUCGAGGCCGGACGGGGUGGACGGCGACGCAGCCCUCGGCAGAAGUUUGAAGUUGGCACAAUGGAAGAAGCUGGAGUUUGUGGGCUAGGGGUGAAAGCAGAUAGGUUGUGUAACUCUCAGUCAAAUGAUAUUCUUCAACAUCAAGACUCCAGUUGUGGUGGCACGACUAACAAGCAUUCACUGGAAGGGGACGGAGGCAGUGACUUUAUAACAAAGAACAGGAAUUUGGUGAGCCCAGCGUAUUGCACACAGGAGUCAAGAGAAGAGAUUCCUGGGCAGGAAGCUCGAACUGGGCCUCCUGAUGGCCAGCAAGAUUCAGAGUGCAGCAGAAACAAGGAGAAAACCUUAGGAAAAGAAGUUUUAUUACUGAUGCAAGCCCUAAACACCCUUUCAACCCCAGAGGAGAAGCUGGCAGCUCUCUGUAAGAAAUAUGCUGAUCUUCUGGAGGAGAGCAGGAAUGUCCAGAAGCAAAUGAAGAUUCUGCAGAAGAAGCAAGCGCAGAUUGUGAAAGAGAAAGUUCACUUGCAGAGUGAACACAGCAAGGCUAUCUUGGCAAGAAGCAAACUGGAGUCUCUCUGCCGGGAACUUCAGCGACACAAUAAGACUUUAAAGGAAGAAAAUAUACAGCAAGCCCGAGAGGAAGAAGAACGCCGUAAAGAAGCAACUGCCCAUUUCCAGAUUACUCUAAAUGAAAUCCAAACCCAGCUGGAACAGCAUGAUAUACACAAUGCCAAACUCCGACAGGAGAACAUCGAACUGGGAGAGAAGCUGAAGAAGCUCAUUGAGCAGUAUGCACUGAGGGAAGAGCAUAUUGAUAAAGUGUUCAAACAUAAGGAGCUCCAGCAACAGCUUGUGGAUGCCAAACUUCAGCAGACAACGCAGCUGAUAAAAGAAGCUGAUGAAAAACAUCAGAGAGAGCGAGAGUUUCUAUUAAAAGAAGCAACAGAAUCAAGGCACAAAUAUGAGCAGAUGAAACAGCAAGAAGUACAACUGAAACAACAGCUUUCUCUUUAUAUGGAUAAGUUUGAAGAAUUCCAGACUACUAUGGCAAAAAGCAAUGAGCUAUUUACAACCUUCAGGCAAGAAAUGGAAAAGAUGACAAAGAAAAUUAAAAAGCUGGAAAAAGAAACAAUAAUAUGGCGUACCAAGUGGGAAAAUAAUAAUAAAGCACUUCUGCAAAUGGCUGAAGAGAAAACUGUCCGUGAUAAAGAGUACAAGGCCUUCCAGAUAAAGCUGGAGCGGCUAGAGAAGCUGUGCAGGGCUCUUCAGACGGAGCGCAACGAGCUCAACGAGAAGGUGGAAGUUCUGAAGGAGCAGGCCUCUGCCAAAGGGACUGAUGGGGACUCGGGGUCGCCCGCCCUGCAGCCUUGCCCUGGGGCGGGUUCUCACCCGGAGCCCGCCAGUUCCCCCGCAGCGGCGGCCGCCAGCCCCGAGGCCCAGGCGGCGAGCGGGGCGCUGGCGCACACGCUCCCGUCGCCCGCGUCCGGCCCGGGCAUCGAGUCCGUUGACUAAGGUGAAGUGUGAUCACUGUACCGAGAGCUCUAUUUUGUGUAUAACUUUCUGUUAGUAGUAACUAUUGGUUUUGUGGUGAAAAUUUUCUUACUUUUUCUACCAUAUCUGUAUUUUCUUAGAACUACUGGACUUAAUGUGGUACAGGAGGCUGCUUCGCAGUUUGAAUAGUUUGAAUCUAUAAAUUUCCCUCGGCUCUGUUGCACAUCUGCCUCAUUUUCCCCUCUGUUGGAGUGCACGUGUUCACUGCCUUGUCCAUUCUCUUCCCGGCUCCCUGCAUAUAAUGUUCCUAAUGAAAACAUCCCUCAGCAGGGCUGGCCGUGAUGCAGGAAUUCCGUUCUUGUGAUGGUUCCCUGAUAUAAAAAUAAUACUAAUUUAAGCAUCUUGAUCCCCUAUUACUAGUAAUCAAGGAAGAGGUUGAUUAGUUGUCUAAUAGCCCAUCCAAAUGCUGAGGGGAAAAAAACAACCCUCUAGUGUUGGGUCAGAAACAAGCCUAGCAUAUUCAGAUAAAUGCUUUGAUAACAUGUAUAUAACUUAACAACCUGAGAUGGCUACAAGCCUUCACUUCCAAGUUUGGCACUAUAUAUAUUAUAGUCACUUGUGAACAAAGUCCUAUAUAUUGGCAAGAACACUGGACAAUAGGCUUUGUGUUUGCGUGGCUGAAAAUAGAAAUGCCUUGGUUUCAGGCUAGAACCCACGUGGGGUUUGGACCACCCGAUGCUCCUUUGCGAUCAUGGCGGUGUGAUUUACUUAGGUUCAACUCCAGUUUGGGCACAUAGCCUCCACUUGCAUAGAGAGCAAAUUCUUUGCAAAGAAAUGGGUUUGCAGUUUCUUGUCCAGUGAAGACAAGGACAAAUUGUCAUGUUUGUUUUUCUACCAGUCUUAGGGCUUGAACUUGGGGUCUGGGCACUAUCCGUGAGCCUCUCUCUGCUCAAGGCUAGCACUCUACCAUUUGAGC